AUGUCAUUCCUCCUCGAAAUGGUUGGUUUCUCACUAGAUCUUCUUGAAAAUUCUUCACAAAAAUGCAGCGAAACGAUAGAGAGUUUAGAAGAUAGAAUCAGAGAUAGGGCAUACGAGGCAGAAAAUACAAUUGAAUCCACCGUUAUGAAUCGAGUUCUUGAAGGGUCUGCAGGUUACAGGGAGAUGAAUUUCCUAACCAUAUGCCAUACAUUAGAAAAAGCGAUUGAAGAUAUUGAUUCUAUAAAGACAAGAAUGGACAAGAUGGAGGACGAGAGUGGCGUACAAGAUCUGCGGUUAACGUUUUCAUCGCUUGCUCUUUCAACAAAUCCUGCUGCCAGUGGCAUUCGCAAGAGCGAUAUGAUGGGUCUUGAUGAUCACAUGAUGGAGAUUAAGGGACGACUAACCAGGCUAUCAUCAAAUCUCGAAACUGUUUCCCUUGUUGGGAUGGGCGGAAUAGGCAAAUCUACUCUUGCUACAAAACUUUAUGAGGAUGAAUAUAUUGUAUACCAUUUUUAUAUUCGUGCUUGGGUUACAGUAGCUCAAGAUUAUAAUCUGCGAGCAAUCCUUAUAAACCUUCUAGAUUCCAUGAAAAAUCUCAUGGGCCAAAUGCGUGAAGCUAGCGUCCCAAAAUUAUCAGAAUUUCUGUACAAGAGUCUAAAGGGUAGCAGGUAUCUUAUUGUGUUGGAUGACGUGUGGGAUACAAAAGUUCUGGAUGAUUUGAAACGAUUACUUCCAAACGACAAGAACGGAAGUCGAGUCUUGCUGACUACUAGGUUAGAAAAGGUGGCUAAUUAUGAAAACUCUUGUUCUCCUCAUCAUAUGCGUUUUCUAAACUGGCAUGAAAGUAGGGAUUUAUUUUGUUGGAAAGUGUUUGGCAAAGAUUUUUGCCCUCCUGAAUUGGAGAAUAUUGGGAAAAUGAUUGUCGAAAAUUGUCGAGGACUUCCACUAGCAAUUGUUGUGAUUGGUGGUCUGCUCUCGAAGGCCAUACAAACACCAUAUUACUGGUCAAAUGUUGCAAAAAAUCUUAGUUCAGUAAUGAUUUCAAAUGAUAAACAGAUCUCAAAGAUACUAUCUUUGAGUUACAAGAAUUUGCCUCAUCAUUUGAGAGGGUGUUUCCUCUAUAUGGCUUUUUUACCAGAACAUCAUAAUAUUCGUGUCACCAAACUUUUCAAGUUAUGGUUUGCGGAGGGAUUACUAAAAUCAGUGAAAUCUAAAAGUAUGGAAGAUGUAGCUGAGGAGUAUUUGUUGGAUCUUGUUGACAGAAAUCUUGUUUUGGUUCAUCAGCAGAGUUCCAGAGGCAAAAUUAAAUCAUGCAAGAUCCAUGAUCUGUUGCGAGACCUUUGCAUGAGAGAAGCUGAAAGGGGAAAGUUGAAGGAAGUCACGAAUAGGUAUUUUUCUAACUUUAGGCAACGUAGAGUGUUGGGAGUGGGUCAUCGUAAUAUCUUGAAGUUUUCGGGUGCAAUGUUAGAACAAGUUAACUUGCGGUACAUUGAUUGCUACUGCCAAGAAGUAACUUUUCUUAAAUCACUACACAAACUUCCAAAUCUACAGACCAUAAUUUCUACCAAUAGAAGUUCUACAUCUGUAGAACUUUGUAUAUGGAAUAUGCCACAGUUAAGGCAUGUCCAGAUGGAGCAUGUGUUUCUGCCUGAUCCUCCUAGUGCAGGAGCUGAAGAAAAUUCUUUUAUUGUCUUGGAAAAGCUGCAAACUCUCUACAUGGUAUACGAUUUGAAGUGGACACUGGAGAUCCUUAAAAGAAUUCCCAAUCUCAAGAAAUUGGGAAUCAGUUAUGAACAGUGGCAGUGGAAUCGGGGAUACUACUGUCUCAAUAAUCUCGUCGGUCUACAUAAACUUGAAUCAUUGAAAUGCAAGUUUUCUCGUCUGUCGCAGUCUUCCCUCAAGAAUAUUAUUUUCCCUACAUCGCUUCAAAAGUUGGCUAUAAUUGGUGGCAAGUUUCCUUGGAAAGAUAUGGCAAUUGUUGGUUCGCUGCCCAAUCUUCAAGUGCUCAAACUGAAAGAUAACGCCUUUCAUGGCCCAGCGUGGGAACCAAAUGAAGGGGAAUUUCUUCAACUUAAAUUUCUGCUACUAGAAGACAUCUAUCUGGUGCAUUGGAGAGCUGAAGUUUUCUCGUCUGUCGCAGUCUUCCCUCAAGAAUAUUAUUUUCCCUACAUCGCUUCAAAAGUUGGCUAUAAUUGGUGGCAAGUUUCCUUGGAAAGAUAUGGCAAUUGUUGGUUCGCUGCCCAAUCUUCAAGUGCUCAAACUGAAAGAUAA